UCGUUCAGGAAAAAAUUCCUCUAAUGUGGAAAUUAACGGUAAAGGUAUGAAGUUAUUACUUUCUACGCAACAGCAGGCUAGAUGCUCACUGAGCUAAUUUUUCUCGCUUUUAAUCCAAUAUAUAAUUUCUAGAAAGAUCUGAAACAAAAGUAAUCAAUGUUUCUGGCAUAAUUUGGACCAAACCCCAACAUUCUAGCAAGUAUUUUGCAUUAAAAUUAUUCGAGCACAUAUACGAUGUUCCUAUUACUCGCGCAGUUUCCUACUCCAUUCACCGCAUGCCAUUCAUACAUAAUACGCAAUAUUAUUUUUAACAAACCGUUAAAUUAUUAAUUGAAUUUUCUUUUCCUUAUCAUGACAGGCAAAUCAUCUGGAGAUACAAUGAAUCCUAUCUAUUCCUCAGCAGAUAACAAAAACCCUUCCUUGUCAAACGACGGCGGGAUAUACCAAGAACCAGAUGGGAAUGCCAAUGCGGCCUCGCAAGAGUGCGACUUGUACGAACCUGGUGGUGAUCAUGAAUACGACUACGCUAAAGUCGAACAGAAAAGUAAACCAGCGCCACCUUCGGAGGAAUUGGAGUAUGAUUAUGCAAAAACUGACGAUAUCAAGUCGGCUGUACAGCGAGCGCCGGUUAGAGGUAACGCCUAUCAAGACACAGUUAUCAAAAAUAAGAAUACGGCAACGGAUGCUAACGAAGACAAGGAAACAGGAAAUGAUGCCGGGCCUUUAUAUCAAACACUGGAGGAUGAGACAGCACCUGUUUAUCAGACACUGGAGAGUGAAUGA